AUGCCCCUGCCGACUGGUGGACACAUUCUUUUCAUCUACGUUCUUUCCCUCCUUUUCGCCCUUGUUUCCGCCCAGGACUUGAGCGUACCAACGUCAUGGAGGAAACCAAGCACUUCUCGACCACUUUCCGAGCGGAUCUCCAUCUCUCAAGACGCUAUCAACUCCAUUCUGCCGCAACUGGACUCUGCAACUGGUGAAUUCAAUGGCAUCGGAUACUGGCAAGCGGGGAACGUUUGGACUGCGAUUGCGAAUCACGACCAUUUCGCGGGGACUGACAAGAACAAAGCUCUAGUCGUGAAUAACCUGAAUACCGCAUUCAAACUACACGCGCAUUAUGAUAAAUAUGGUACAACGACGAUGCGCUUUGGUGGGCGCAAGCAGCAUUGUCGGGCUACAGAGCCUAUAAGGACCAAAAUCUUUUGUCGCAUGCCGUUGACACUUGGAAUGAAGUCACAAACUACUGUGUCGUCUAGCGUCAUUACUAAGGCUGACGCGAACUCGAAAAAGCAGCCCAAAAAGAACUUUUCGAUCGCUGGCAGCUGUAAUGAAGCGACCAUGGCUGGCGGUGUUUUCUGGCGUACCACCACGGAUGAUCAAAGCAUCAACUCCAUCACUACCGGACUGUACAUUGCUACCUCUGCUCUUCUUGCGGAAAUUACUGGGGACUCGAAGUACACAAAAGCAGCGGUCCUAAGUGCACAGUGGAUCAAAGCGCACAACAUCAACGCUAACGGAAUUAUCCUGGACUCAGUCAACGGGCACGACUGUACUCGGUCCCCUUCGAACUGGUUGUUCACUUAUAACAGCGGUAAAUUUAUUGAAGGCCUGAGCGUUCUCGCAAGUGUUACGAAGGAUUCUCAGUGGAACAAUUUAAUGGUGCACACCGUUGCGGCGGCGGUCAAGUCAUCUACGUGGCAAGGCAGCGAUGGCAUCAUCACAGAGGGCUCCAGUCCGACGAGCAAUAAUGAUGGAGUCGGUUUUAAAUCUAUCUUCAUCCGUGGUCUCUACGAGGCUUUCUCGAGAAAUCCUCGGAACGCAAAUCUCCGUGUUCUACUUCGUAGCUAUGUUGACGUUCAGUACAACGCUCUUCUCGACCUUGCGGCGACUAAGUCAACCUAUUCCUCGAGUUGGCAUGGGCCUCCACAGUCGUUCACCACUUGGGGACAGCUUGCGUCGUUGGAUGUCCUGGGUAGUGCAAUAAGGAUUAACAGUUAG